UCCCGCUCCCUAGGGUUUUACUUUCCCCUCAGACAAGCUUUUUCCGGCGCGCCACCAUGACGGUCGCCGAGCUGCUCCGCGCCCAGCUCGAGGAGCAGAACAUCGAGGAAGAUGAGCCUAUCCUUGAGGAUGAUGAUGACGACGAUGAAUACGAUGAUGAUGAUGUGGAUGAAAUGGAUGACAAUGAUGUUGAGGGUGAUGCUAGUGGAAGAUCUAGGCAGACAAGGAGUGAGAAGAAGAGCAGGAAAGCCAUGGAGAAGCUUGGCAUGAAGGUCAUUACUGGUGUGAACCGUGUAACUAUCAAAAAGAGCAAGACCGUUACGUUUGUCCUCUCCAAGCCAGAUGUCUUCAAGAGCUCGCACUCAGAAACCUAUGUCAUUAUCGGGGAGAUCAAGUUCGAGGACCUGAACACUGAGCUGCAGACACAAGCGGCAGAGCAGUUCAAGGCACCGGGCCUGAGCAGGGUCAAUUCGAAGGGUGAGCCGUCUGUGGCAGCAGUCCAAGAUGACGAGGAGGUCGACGAGACGGGCGUUGACAGGAAGGACGUCGAGCUCGUGAUGAUGCAGGCCUCCGUGUCGAGAUCCAGGGCUGUGGAGGCGCUCAAGGCUGCGGAUGGCGACAUCGUGAGCGCCAUCAUGGAGUUGACUAACUAGGUGCUGGAAGGUGGGGUUGUGUCCUGGUAAUAGGGGGAUUGGGUCAAUGUUGUCUUUUGGUCAUGUCGUCUUGAAUGUUGCAGUUGCGUACUUGGAGGCUCUGUGUCUCUGUUGAAAG